AUGGAAAAGCAUGAGAUCGUUGAUGGAUUCGCGUUCGGCUCGUCACGAUUCUACCCGGAUUUGCUGAGGAUACGGUGUGGAUUUUUGAGGGAAUGUUUGUGUGAAUUCAUUUGCACUUUCUUCUUCUUGUUGAUCGGUGUCGGUUGUGUGAUCCAAGUGAAGACAUCAAACGGAGAGUUGGGCGGUUUCCUCUCGAUCAACCUCGGCUGGGGACUCUCUGUGGCGUUUUCUUGUGGAAUCGGCAUUUGGCUAUCGGGAGGUCACAUCAACCCGUCAGUCUCUUUGUGUCAGUGGUUUUUGGGACGUUUAUCCCUACAAAAGGCCAUCGCGUUUAGUGUCGCUCAAACUCUCGGCGCGUUCGUCGGAACGGCUUUCGCCUAUUGGGAUUACAGAGAGGCUCUGAAUGAUUUCGAUGGCGGAAAACGGGUGGCCGAAGGAUCGACGGGAACUCUUUGCAUGUUGGUGACUUGUCCAGCCUCCUACACAACACAUUUGGGCGGAAUUUUUGAUCAGACAAUUGCCACCGCGAUUCUCACGGCCACGAUGGCGGCGAUGUUGGACAAAAGAAAUGGGAUCAACAAGUGGCUGCAUCCGAUUUUUGGGGGUCUAACGGUGAUCAUGAUCGGAUUGUCGUUCGGGAAGAACGCGAGCUAUCCGAUCAAUCCGGGGAGGGAUUUCGGGGCGAGGAUCUUCGCUUGGCUCAUCUAUGGGGAAGCCGCUUUCACAUCCUACGAUCACUGGUGGUGGGUGCCGAUUGUGGGGCCGCUGAUUGGCGGUUUCGUAGGCGGCGCUGUCUAUCUUCUUUUCAUCGACAUUCACUCGUGGUCGAAUCGAGAGGAACUUUUAUUGAAGAUUUCUCGAGAAAAGUUCGAAGAGAGCCUGAACAUUGCUGACGAAAACGCUUCGAUGCGACAGUUUUUC